GCUGCAGAGCCGAAGCGCGUCCACGAGGAGCUUCAUUCUGCAGAAUCUACACAGCCUUCCUCCCCACACGUCGACCAGAAGCUCAGGCCUUGGGAAAUCAGACUAAGGACCGAAAUUCCUCAAGGAGUCACUCAGGAGCGAGCUCUGACCAGUCGGAGGGAGUGACAUAUCCCUGUUUGGCCCCUCCCUCCCGCCCAUCCUCGCUUUCCCCGCGUGCUUGCACGCAGUUGGGCAGCGGUGAUCCAGGGGCUGUGCCAGAGGCAAGCCUGUUGGGUCUAAAGAAAAAAAGUCAGGCAAAGUCACAGCAUUAAGACUGUUGCCUUGAAGAAGCGAGUGGAGAAGUGUGAGAAGAUGAACGGACCGGUGGACGGCUUGUGCGACCACUCCCUGAGUGAGGAAGGGGCCUUCAUGUUCACAUCGGAGUCUGUAGGAGAGGGGCACCCGGAUAAGAUCUGCGACCAGAUCAGUGAUGCGGUGCUGGAUGCCCACCUCAAGCAAGACCCUGACGCCAAGGUGGCCUGUGAGACGGUGUGCAAGACGGGCAUGGUGCUGCUGUGUGGGGAGAUCACCUCCAUGGCCGCGGUGGACUACCAGCGGGUGGUGAGGGACACCAUCAAGCACAUCGGCUACGACGACUCUGCCAAGGGCUUCGACUUCAAGACCUGCAAUGUGCUGGUGGCGCUGGAGCAGCAGUCCCCGGACAUCGCCCAGUGUGUCCAUCUGGACAGAAAUGAAGAGGAUGUCGGUGCUGGAGACCAGGGCUUGAUGUUUGGCUAUGCCACGGACGAGACUGAGGAGUGCAUGCCCCUCACCAUCGUGCUCGCGCACAGGCUCAACGCCCGCAUGGCCGAGCUGAGGCGUGCCGGGGUGCUGCCCUGGCUGAGGCCAGACUCCAAGACUCAGGUGACCGUCGAGUACGUGCAGGACAAGGGCGCCGUCAUCCCCGUGCGCGUCCACACCAUCGUCAUCUCUGUGCAGCAUGACGAAGACAUCACGCUGGAGGACAUGCGCAGGGCCCUGAAGGAGCAGGUGAUCAGGGCCGUGGUGCCGGCCAAGUACCUGGACGGGGACACCAUCUACCACCUGCAGCCCAGCGGGCGGUUCGUCAUCGGAGGUCCCCAGGGCGACGCAGGCGUCACCGGCCGUAAAAUCAUCGUGGACACCUACGGCGGCUGGGGUGCGCACGGUGGCGGGGCCUUCUCCGGGAAGGACUACACCAAGGUGGACCGCUCUGCGGCCUACGCUGCCCGCUGGGUGGCCAAGUCCCUGGUGAAGGCGGGGCUGUGCCGGAGAGUGCUGGUGCAGGUCUCCUACGCCAUUAGCGUGGCUGAGCCGCUGUCCAUCUCCAUCUUCACCUACGGAACCUCCGAGAAGACAGAGAGGGAGCUGCUGGAUGUGGUGAACAAGAACUUCGAUCUCAGGCCUGGCGUCAUCGUCAGGGACUUGGACUUGAAGAGGCCCAUCUACCAGAAGACCGCCUGCUACGGCCACUUUGGGAGGAGCGAGUUCCCCUGGGAAGUUCCCAAGAAGCUUGUGUUUUAGAGGCUGUGCAGCUGAGCCGGCCUCACGGCGGAGGCUCAGGGCGGCAGCAUCCUUUUCUCCAGGGUCCCGACUCCCAGAUCUCCCAGCCCCUGGGCCACUCACUGCCCGCCGGGCACGCUUCCCCUCUGUCUUGCCCCCUCCCUGUGCUCCCUCCCCCCGGGUCCCCUCCCCGGCAAAGCCAGCCGCCUCUGAUCGAGCCAUCCCCUGUCGUCGCCUGAAUGGCAUGAGGCAGGGGCCUCCUGUGCCAGGGCCAGGUCCCCUCGUGAGGAUAGUCACGAGGUCCCCGGCCUCUCCUUCAGACCCAGGCGAUGUUCACUUAGGGAACCACCCCUGUCAGGAGUACAUCCCCCACUCGCCUCCCCCCACAGCCUGACCCUGACCAGCUCCCUCCGCCCCUGCGUGUGCCCUGGCCACUGCACCUCAAACGUCUGGAGGCCCCGUGUGGGCCUGGGUGUGCUGGGCCUGCCCUUGAGUCUGCGGCCAGCACCUGAGCCCAGGCAUCACACAGGCCCACCCAGGCUGGGCUCCGUGGGGAGCAGAACAGGGCCCACGUCGCCCAAGCGUCUCCACCUGUAGGGGCUGAGCUAACCUGAUCCCAUUUCUUCUUCACUGCAACACAAUGGGGAGCACCUUGCAUAAUCCCAUUUAUGAAUGGGGAAACCGAGGCACAGGUCAUCUAGGCAACUUGCACAAGGUCCCACUGCUGCCUGUGUCGGAACCUAGAUAGGAGUCCAGGAGCUUUGCCUCAGCAGUUCCCCCCUCCAUCUCAUGCCAGAAGCAAGCCCUGAGGAGGCAGACUGAGGUGAGGCUGUGGCCUCUGCCCCAAGAGCCGAGGCUGCCCCCGGCGAGCCCUGGGCAGGGGUCUACAGAGUCAGCACAGAACCAAAGACUGUUGCAUUUGCCUCCUCGUUUUCAGAAGCGGGUUCAGGGUGGGCGGGGCGUCCUGGCCUCUGGGACCAGGCUGGAGUUUGGGAUUGAGGAGCAGCCAUAGAAUCCCGGCCCCUGACCACUCAGGGCCACGUGGGGCUUGGACUUCUGGACUUCUGGGGUCAGUGGUCCAAGUCAAGUCCUGUCCCCUCUGGGCUUCCCGGAGCUGGAAAAGCAGCUUGUCCUGGCAUGGGCAGCCUGCUCCUUAAAGAAGGGGCUGCAAGUCUUCAAGGCUUUCUCUCUCUUUGGCCUACUCCCUCCGCUGCAGUCCGAGCGCCAUGGGAACACAUGGAUGAGCCCUCAGACCCCCCUGCAUCACGCCUCUGGGCUGGCUCUCCAUCACGGGAAAGCUGCUCUGGGGGGGAAGCACCCACAUCACCAUCACCAUAAUGUCCCAGCGUGCCUCCCCCAGGUCCCCUCCCUCUCAGCAGAUGGAGGCACAGGGCCGUGCUCCUCCUGCUCAGGCAGGUUCGAAGUGAAAAUUAAGGGUUUUAUACUUUCCCCACCCCCUAAAAAACAGCAUCUUUUUUUGCCAACAUUGUUUUUAUGAAGCUAGAACCUUUAUUGACAGCUCCCGCAGGGACAGUGAAUAAAAACCCAAGGAGCAAGUGC